UGAAACUUUUUAUUGUCUUGUUUAGGGGACAGGCUUAUUUAUGUUUAAAAAAAAUAUUUCGUGGAUCAAAAGGCUACGAAGAGGCUUAUCAGUUUUUCAAUUACAUUAUUAUAGGUGAAUGUAACGGUAUUUUGGAAUGGUACUGAUAGAUUUAGGUCAUUAGAAAUAGGAGGCAAAUUUUAUUAUGAAUUGAAGAGAGCAGACAUGGCGGCUACUAGAAAAUUACAAGGGGAAAUAGAUCGCUGCCUAAAAAAAGUUACAGAAGGGGUGGAUACAUUUGAAGACAUCUGGCAAAAAGUUCAUAAUGCUACCAAUAGUAACCAAAAAGAGAAAUAUGAGGCUGAUCUCAAAAAGGAAAUUAAGAAAUUACAAAGGCUAAGGGAUCAAAUUAAGAGUUGGAUAGCAUCAGCUGAAAUUAAAGAUAAAAGUAUUUUAAUGGACAACAGAAAACUUAUAGAAACGCAAAUGGAGAGGUUUAAAGUUGUAGAACGUGAAACCAAAACGAAAGCGUACUCAAAAGAAGGUUUAGGUGCUGCUCAGAAAUUAGAUCCUGCCCAAAAAGAAAGAGAUGAUAUACAAUAUUGGUUAACGUCAUCAAUAGCAAAACUUAAUAUUGGUUCUGAUAGCUUAGAAUCUGAAAUAGAACAGCUAUUAUCAAAUAAAAAGAAAAAACUCGACAAAGACAAACAAGAUAGAAUAGAAGAUCUGAAAUCUAGGUUGGAUAAACAUAAAUUUCACAUACGGAAAUUAGAAACGCUAUUAAGGAUGUUAGAUAAUAUGUCCGUGGAAGUUCAACAGAUUAAAAAUAUUAGAGAUAAUGUCGAAUACUAUAUAGACUUUAACACGGAGCCAGAUUUCGAAGACAAUGAAUUUAUCUAUGAUGACAUUAUUGGUAUGGAUGAAGUUGAAUUAUCCGGCGUAGCGUUACCUUCUUCUGCGACGACGGAUAGUAAUGAAACUGGUGGUACACCUACCUCAAUUAUAUCAGGUUCGUCGCCCCCGCCCUCAUCAUCACCUCCACUCCAACCGCCCACGUCUUCAGUGCCGUUAACGAUGACGUCACUGGCGACGGCGGCUGCCGCUGCGGCGGCCAGUAACGCCCUGCAUAAUUACAACAACCAUUCCGGAGAAAACUCGAAUGACGACAGUAAAAAGGUUGUAGGCAAAGAACAGAAGGUGUGUUAUUUACCAUCUUUGCAGCCUAUCAAACCAAUGCCAGUUCGAGCAGUAACCAAUAGCCAGUCCACCACGAACACCCCCCUCAAUUCCCUACUAAAUUACAGUUCGGUAGGUGGAAUAGGGACGGUGACGUCGUCGUUACCGCCCGCACCCGCUACCAAUCCUAUAGGAGUGACGUUAGCGCCUUCGGUGGGCAAAACGACGGUAUCCUUGGCGAACAGUAUCGGCGGAAUUGUAACGCCCGUAGCUGUUGGCAACAAAAUCCAACCAGGACGAGAAGCUUCGCCCGUUUCGCUUGUACAGUCCCUAACGACGUCAUCGAUGGGCGGUAACUUCGCUGCGGUGGCGGCAGCUAGUGCGGCGAAGACGACGACAGCAAGCGGAGAGAGCAAUCCAGCAUCUGUGAUAACCAUUGUUAGUCAAGUUCAAACUCAAAACACAUCCAAUGCCAUUAAUACAACGGUCCAUACAAAUCCCAUUGCGUCAUUAAUAAGCGAAGGAAUGACAUCGCUUAAGUCCAUGGCUCAACAAGUGAUAGACCAAGCUGGCCUACAAAAUAACCAAGUCAUUCUAGAACCAAACAAGUUACAAAACCAAGGCAAGUCUGACGCCCACAUACCGCCCUUACUGGGAGUGGCGCCACUAGGCGCUAUACCUCUCCAAAAAGAACACCAGACCCAGUUCCAACUUAUGGAAGCGGCGUACUACCACAUGCCUCACCCUUCAGAUUCGGAGAGGAUAAGAACGUACCUGCCAAGGAGCCCUUGCACAACACCUUCGUACUAUAUCCAAACGCCCCUCGCCCACUCUGAGAGUUUAGAUUUCUUCCAGAGGUUAGCGACGGAGACCCUCUUUUUUGUAUUCUACUACAUGGAAGGUACUAAAGCCCAAUACCUCGCAGCGAAAGCGCUCAAAAAACAAAGCUGGCGAUUCCACACGAAGUACAUGAUGUGGUUUCAGAGGCACGAAGAACCCAAAAUUAUUAAUGAAGAAUAUGAACAGGGGACUUAUAUUUACUUCGAUUAUGAGAAGUGGGGACAAAGGAAAAAAGAAGGAUUUACUUUUGAAUAUAAAUACUUAGAAGAUAGAGAUCUUAAUUAAAAUAUUUAUAUU